AUGACAUCGGAGUCGAAACAGCGCGUCGCCAUCAUCACCGGCAUUACCGGCCAGGACGGCUCGUACCUCGCCGAGUUGCUUCUCGAAAAGGGCUACAAGGUGCACGGGGUCAUCCGUCGCUCGUCGUCUUUCAACACGAAGCGCAUCGACCACAUAUACCGCAACAAGAACCUUACGCUGCACUACGGUGACAUGACGGACGGCACCGUCCUGCACCAUCUGAUCGCACAGCUGAAGCCCGAUGAGGUGUACAACCUCGCCGCACAGUCGCACGUGAAGGUCUCUUUUGACACGCCCGAGUACACUGGGCAGACGGAUGCCAUGGGGACGCUGAAGAUCCUCGACGCGAUCCGCGCCAACGGCUUGGAGAAGACGUGCCGCUUCUACCAGGCAAGCACAAGUGAGCUGUACGGCAAGGUGCAGGAGGUGCCGCAGUCGGAGAAGACGCCCUUCUAUCCGCGCAGUCCAUAUGCUGUGGCGAAGCUCUAUGCCUUCUGGAUGACGGUGAACUACCGUGAGUCAUAUGAUAUGUUUGCGUGCAACGGUAUCCUGUUUAAUCACGAAUCACCCCGCCGUGGUGCGACGUUCGUGACAAAGAAGAUUGUGCGCGCCGCGGUGCGCAUAAAGAAGGGCUUGCAGAAGGAUCUCCUCCUCGGCAACGUGAAUGCCCUGCGCGACUGGGGCCACGCGAAGGACUACGUGUACGGCAUGUGGCUGAUGCUGCAGGCGGAGAAGCCGGAUGACUGGGUGCUGGCGACGGGCGAGCAGCACAGCGUUAAGGAGUUCUGCAACUUGACCUUCAAGAAGCUCGGCUAUGAGCUGGAGUGGACCGGCAGCGGCCUCGACGAGGUGGCGUACAACAAGGCAGACCCACAGAAGGUGCCGCUGAUCCGCGUCGACCCGCGCUACUUCCGCCCUGCUGAGGUGGAGACGCUCCUUGGCAACCCCGCCAAGGCGGAGAAGGACCUCGGCUGGAAGGCCUCGUGCAGCUUUGAGGAGCUUGUCAACGACAUGGUGCAGCAGGAGGUCCAAGAGCUAGAAACUGGCGAGGACUCGUGGCGUUGA